CGCUCCACCCCCACCCGGGUCCACUCCCCGGAACCGGCGGCGGAGCUGCGGCCGCCGGCAGUGGAACGGCGACGGCACUAAGGAGCCGCCGGCAUGAGCGCCCCCCGCCGCCCCGCGUCCCGGGCCCGGCCUUUCUGACAAGAGCUAGACUUUGGACGCCUGGAGGAUAUUCCGUUUUGUAGGUUCGAAUAUUCUCUGACCGUAUUCAGCAUGAAGUGACAUCCUUAAUGAUUAUUCUCAGCAGGACAGGUGUGAGGAUUGCUAUUGUGUUACAAUCAUGGUGCAGAAAUACCAGUCACCGGUGAGGGUGUAUAAACACCCCUUUGAAUUAAUUAUGGCUGCCUAUGAAAGGAGGUUUCCUACAUGUCCUUUGAUCCCGAUGUUUGUGGACAGUGACACUGUGAGUGAGUUCAAGAGUGAAGAUGGGGCUAUUCACGUUAUAGAACGGCGCUGUAAGCUGGACAUAGACGCACCGAGGCUGCUUAAAAAGAUUGCAGGAGUUGAUUAUGUUUAUUUUGUCCAGAAAAACUCACUGAAUUCUCGGGAACGUACUUUGCACAUUGAGGCCCACAACGAAACCUUUUCUAAUCGGGUCAUCAUCAAUGAGCACUGCUGCUACACCGUUCACCCGGAAAAUGAAGAUUGGACUUGUUUUGAACAGUCUGCAAGUUUAGAUAUUAAAUCUUUCUUUGGUUUUGAAAGUACAGUGGAAAAAAUUGCAAUGAAACAGUACACCAGCAACAUUAAAAAAGGAAAAGAAAUCAUUGAAUACUAUCUUCGUCAGCUGGAGGAAGAAGGCAUAACGUUUGUGCCCCGCUGGACUCCCCCUUCCAGUGCCCCGUCCUUGGAGGCCUCCUUGUCGUGCAAGAAGCAGGCAGCGUCCUUAGCUGUUGUGGUUCCAGACGCUGCCCAGGCAGAGGGGCCGGGUAGCGAGGCCCUCAGCAGCCCCAGCGGGCCGCCCGAGCCCGCGGCGGGGACCCCGGACGACAAACUAGACGCGGACUACAUCAAGAGGUACCUGGGUGAUUUGACCCCGCUACAGGAGAGCUGCCUGAUCCGGCUUCGCCAGUGGCUCCAGGAGACCCAUAAGGGCAAAAUCCCGAAAGACGAGCAUAUUCUCCGGUUCCUACGUGCCCGGGACUUCAAUAUUGACAAAGCCAGGGAGAUCCUGUGUCAGUCCUUGACUUGGCGAAAGCAGCACCAGGUGGACUACAUUCUGGAGACCUGGAGCCCCCCGCAGGUCCUGCAGGACUACUACGCGGGGGGCUGGCACCACCACGACAAAGACGGGCGGCCGCUGUACGUGCUCCGGCUGGGCCAGAUGGACACCAAGGGCCUGGUGCGAGCCCUCGGGGAGGAGGCUCUGCUGCGAUACGUUCUCUCCAUAAACGAAGAAGGGCUGAGACGGUGUGAAGAAAAUACAAAAGUCUUCGGUCGACCCAUCAGCUCGUGGACCUGCCUGGUGGACCUGGAGGGGCUCAACAUGCGCCACCUGUGGAGACCCGGCGUCAAGGCCCUGCUGCGCAUCAUAGAGGUGGUGGAGGCCAACUACCCCGAGACGCUCGGCCGCCUCCUCAUCCUGCGCGCUCCCCGCGUCUUCCCGGUCCUCUGGACGCUGGUUAGUCCAUUCAUUGAUGACAACACCAGAAGGAAAUUCCUGAUUUAUGCAGGAAAUGACUACCAGGGUCCCGGAGGCCUGCUGGACUACAUCGAUAAAGAGAUCAUUCCAGAUUUCCUGAGCGGGGAGUGCAUGUGUGAGGUGCCCGAGGGCGGACUGGUCCCCAAGUCUCUGUACAGGACUGCGGAGGAGCUGGAGAACGAGGACCUCCGGCUCUGGACCGAGACCAUCUACCAGUCUGCAAGCGUCUUCAAAGGAUCCCCGCACGAGAUUCUCAUUCAGAUCGUGGACGCCUCUUCAGUGAUCACUUGGGAUUUUGACGUGUGCAAAGGAGACAUUGUCUUCAACAUCUACCACUCCAAGAGGUCGCCCCAGCCCCCCAAGAAGGACUCCCUGGGGGCGCACAGCAUCACUUCCCCAGGAGGGAACAACGUGCAGCUGAUAGACCGAGUCUGGCAGCUGGGCCGCGACUACAGCAUGGUGGAGUCGCCUCUGAUCUGCAGAGAAGGGGAGAGCGUGCAGGGCUCGCACGUGACCAGGUGGCCGGGCUUCUACAUCCUGCAGUGGAGGUUCCACAGCAUGCCCGCGUGCGCCGCCACCAACCUGCCGCGGGUGGACGACGUGCUGGCCUCCCUGCAGGUGUCGUCGCACAAGUGCAAAGUGAUGUACUACACCGAGGUGAUCGGCUCCGAGGACUUCCGAGGCUCUAUGACCAGCCUGGAGUCCAGCCACAGCGGCUUCUCCCAGCUGAGCGCCGCCACCACCUCCUCCAGCCAGUCUCAGUCCGGCUCCAUGAUUUCCAGGUAGUGCCGCGGCGCCUGUGCCCAGGGCGCGGAGGGGACAGCGCGCCUCCUCGGACGGCCCGCCGCGCCCCGCCACCCGCCCGGCGGCCACACUGUGCAGACUCCUCACCCUCUAGGUAGCAGAUAGUCUCCAGAUGGCAGGCGUAGGCCUUGAGCCCAGACCGUCUCGACGCGCCAUUUUAACUCGCACUGUUUAGCCAUAGAUUUUGUACACAGUGUGCGCAAAAGCAAGCCAGAGCACGAGGGCUCUUUCGAAAGAAAAGUAGUUUGUAUACAAUUAAGAGAUUGACUUCAUCUCAAAUGCUGAUGCAAAAAAUGUUUCCAGCCACCUCCACACCCUGUCCAUUAGCGGAUGAAUUGCUGCACCAUCCGUCCGUCCUCCGGCGGUGGCCUUCCUUCCUACGCGGAGCAGGAACUGCUGGCCUGUCCCUGCACCGCGUCACGGUGUUGCCCUCCGCUGUCCCUGGCACGGCCCGCGGCUCGGGGGACCCACCAAGCCCCUGUCCUCUGAGUGGCGCUGCUCCCAUAGGGAGCGCUCGGGGACAGCCUGUGGGAGCAGCCCACUCAGGUCGCCUGGGCAGGUGACCCGCCGUCCUGUGGUGGGUGCGGGUGGGGCCCGGGGCUCUCGGGGGCCCCCACGGCAGCAGGAGAACACCGCCACCAUGAAACAGCUUCUCUUUCCUCCUUUCCACUUCUUUUUUGUACUUUCAGAGCAGGAUUUUUCUGUGUGUGAACUUGCGCAGGAGGGAUCCUUUCCCUUUUCCUUCUGGUGUCGUUCUUACCUGCAAAUGCUGAUUCUAAGCUCACUCGAGACUUGCGUGCCCUCUGCCUCCUCUUGGCUUGAUAGCAUCAGGGCCCACGUGGUUUUCCUAGUCACUAGAAGGCUGUUUUGGAGACUCAGUCGCGUUUGCCGUUUGAAGUUGUCCAGUGUCCGUCCGAGCUGAUGAGUGUUCUCGCUGCGCGGCCGCCUCAGGAGAGCGAGGGGCUGGCGGGGACCCCCUCCCGCAUAGACGGAAACCGCCGGCGUGCAGGGCCGUGUCCGCACGUGCAGGCGUGGGGGGUGGGUGUGGCAGUGGUGGGGGAUGCAUGUGUGAGUGUACCGGGGUUUGUGUGUGAGUGUGGCAGUGUGGGGGGGGCAUGUGGGUGCGAGUGUGGCAGUGGGUGUCAGUGCGUGGGGGGCACAUGCGUGUGUGGCUGGGGUGGAGGUGGGGUGUGGGGUGGACGUCGGGGGGGUGUUGGUGAGAAAUGGGGCAGGUGGAGAGUGGGGUCGAGUUACAAGGGAGUCUUCGUAGAAGCAGAUCAGCAUAUGAGCUGGUUUGCCUUUUGCGUUCUGUUUUGGAUUCCCCGUUCCCAAGCACGGUGUUCUCGUGUCGGUCCAUGUUUUUUUCAGCUUUUUAUGGGAAAAGCAGGUCAUUUGCGAAUCUGUCUGGAUGUUGCGUUGGGUUAGUGUUUGUGAUAAGGAUGUGAUGUGUGGUGGUGGGUGUUACCGGAAGAGUUGGUGUUUUUAAAAGAUACGAGCCCAAAGCCGCGUGGCUGUUAGCAACAGGUGAGGCACGGAAGCCUGGGCCGGGUUGCUUCCCAUCUGCUCCCGGGGCCUGUGGCGCAUGGCCACGGUGUGGACAAGUGUGUGGAGGGCGUGGGUGCCCCGUGGGUGAGCCCCAGCGGGCUCUGGAGGAGCGCCCGGGCAGUGAGGCCCGUGAGGCGGCCCGCGUACGGAAGACUGGGCUUCUCCGUUGUUGCUGGCCUUCCCGGAGUUGUUCCCUUUGUUUGAAAAGAUAGGCUCAGCACGGUGCCUAAAGCCUUGUUUCCAGAAAGCACAUUAGGGUUAGGUAGCGCCCCUGUGCUGCUUCUGAUCAGUGCUUCCUGCUUCUAAAUUAUAAGGACCUGAAGGUGGUCCCUUCCCUCUCUCUCUCUCUCUCUCUCUCUCUCUCUCUGUGUGUGUCUCAGAUGGCGGUUUUGCUGACAGCUGCCAAGAACACGCUUCCCUCCACAGGCCACCUCAGCCCAGGGAUGUUUGUAGAACUGAGUUGCAGCCAUCCCUCCCUCCCCCAGUCCGAAGACAUGUUCGUUUUAAGUUGACUCAGAAGUGGCCCUCUCUUGUCCCCAGAGAGUCGAACGCGUCUCUAAGAGUUCAAAGCACAUCACUGCGCAGACGCCGGCAGGGUUGCUCACGAGUGACGGGCACCUGCUUCUCCUCGGAGGGGGCCGCGGCUCGUGGACCCGGCCAUGCCCCUCCUUCCACGUCCUGCAUUUCUUACUUUCCGCCUUUCUUCUGCACUAAGGGUUCUUUUGGUUUCCCCAAUGUUACUAGUGUCUUAACUCACUUUUCUUCCUCAAUCCAUUAUUUGCAUAUCAAAUUCUGUAAAUGUUUUGUAAACAUAUUACCUCACCUUUGGUAAUACAAUACUGAUAGUCUUUAAAAGAUUUUUUUACUGUUAUGGAUAAUAAAUGUGAACUGUUUAAAGACGA